AUGAACAACAACAUGGAAGAGCGCCUAGUCGAAGAGGUCCGGAGGUACGAGAACCUGUACAACCCAUCUACCAGUGCCUACAAAGACGCACAGAUGACUGUGAACUCGUGGAAAGAGAUUUCGGCAGCGGUCGGUGUAGAUGUGCCAGAGUGCAUGAAGACAUGGAGGAGGAUUCGGGACAAAUUUGUCCGUGUAAGGAAGACCACAAAAGGCAGCAGUGGCGAUGCAGGGUGGCAGACGGUCCCUGUCUUCCUUACGUUUAUGUCGUGGCUGUCGCCACACAUAAAGCAUCGGGAGACCACGUCGAACUACGUACAUAAGACGGAGCCACCCUCCGAGUCUGCCACCUCAGCACCUGCGGUCUCCUCCGAGUCCGCCACCUCAGAACCUGCGGUUUCCUCCGAGUCCGCCACCUCAGCACCUGCGGUCUCCUCCGAGUCCGCCACCUCAGCACCUGCGGUCUCCUCCGAGUCCGCCACCUCAACACCUGCGGUCUCCUCCGAGUCCGCCACCUCAACACCUGAGGCCUCUCAUCUUUUGCUGGCUGCCCCUCCUACAUCCUCCACGGUACUGCCAUCUCGUGCGACGAAGAGGAGAAGACAGACGGAGCAAGACAAAUGCACUGUGGCCGAAGUGCUCUCUAAGCUCAACGAGAACAGGCAGGAAUUGUACCAGGCCUUUAAUUCCGCGCAACCUGACUCAUUAGACGCACUAGGUUGCUGGUCUAAAUCCAUGCUUUUUAUGGCCAGGACACUGGACAAAGAAGAUACAAAAGCCAACUAUCAUGUCCAAAUAACUCCAGCUCUGAGGAAGACUAUAGCCAGGAACCAUGUCUGA